GAAGUAUCUGCGCGUCUAGCUUGCUCACACUACCAUUGUCUUCUCCAGCCCUGUGUUCUGCGUGUGGCUAGUGCUGUUCAUUGUGGAGACGGUGUCAAGCUACAUCACAAGCUGAUGGAGGCUCUGUUGAUCUGGUAAUUCUUUGGAGAUCCCUUCGUCCUGAUCUCUGAAGUUUGGGCACUUGGGAGAACGCUGUUCUUGAGGUUGAGGGCUCCGAGGUUGCGUUCACUGUCUUGGAUUUCAUCACUGUUUUGAUUGCCUGCUAGGCUGCUUUGACCACCACAGUUGGCAACACCAGAUAGCAGUAAAUGGAGGCGACCGGGCUGAGUAUUGGCAAGUCCGUUUUGAGCGGGGCGCUCAGCUAUGCCAAAUCCGCCAUGGCUGAGGAGGUGGCUCUGCAGCUUGGAGUUCAGCGUGAUCAUGUCUUCAUCACCGAUGAGCUGGAGAUGAUGCAGUCAUUCCUGAUGGCUGCGCAUGAUGAUCGAGACGACAAUAUGGUGGUCAGGACUUGGGUGAAACAAGUCCGCAACGUGUCCUACAACGUCGAGGACUGUCUCCAGGAUUUUGCCGUUCGUCUUGAGAAGCAGUCUUGGUGGCGCAUCCCUCGCACGGUGCGAGCCCGGCGUCAUGUGGCGAAGCAGAUGAAGGACCUCAGAGUCAAGGUGGAGGAUGUCAGCCAGAGGAACCAACGGUACCACCUCAUCAAGGGCUCUAGCUCCAAGCCUACCUCCGCUGUUGGGCAGGCUACCAUCUCCAGUAGGUUGACUUUGUCGGCUGAUGAUGAAGCAAGGUGGCAGCACAAUAGGGCAAAAAUGGAUCUUGUUGGACUGAUCAACAACAACGAUGACGACCUUGCUGUGAUAGCAGUAUGGGAAACAAGUACUGAUGAUCUAGGUGACAUGCAAUCCAUCGUCAGAAGUGUGUAUGAAGAUCCCAAGAUACGUAAAAAGUUUGAGUGCCAUGCCUGGAUCAGGUUUAUGCUUCCUUUCAAUCCAAUAGAUUUCAUCCAGAGCAUUCUUAAGCAAUUCUAUGUUAAUUGUCUUCUGGAGGCAAGGGAAGAAGAAAAAGUAGGUCGCUGGGCCCAAAUUCUGAAAUUGAUGGGGACACCCAACAAUGAUGAUUUGCCUCAUGAGUUCAGGACUUAUCUGAAUGAAAAGAGUUAUCUGAUUGUGCUCGAGGAUGUACACACCAUUGAAGAGUGGAACUACAUUACAACAUGGUUCCCAAGAAACAAGAAAGGGAGCAGAAUAUUGGUGUCCACAAAGGAUGUUAAAGUUGCAAACUUGUGCAUAGGGGACGACAACGGAGCACCAGAGCAUAAGCAAUUAUUGGAUAAUCACACAGUUCAUGCUUUCUACAAGAAGGGUUUUCAAGAUGGAAAAAUUUCAGAGGAGGCAGGGUUUAGCUCAGAUAUCAUCUCCGAAGAUACUGAUAGCUCCAGACACAUGGAAGUGCAGGGAUUUGAUAGCUUAGAGGAAUCUCAGCUCAUCGGGCGAGAAUCUGAAAAGGAGAAAAUCAUCCAACUUUUUUCACACAAUAGUGAGCAACAGGUUAAGGUGAUCUCAUUGUGGGGAAUGGGUGGCGUCGGAAAAACCACACUAGUCAGAGACAUGUACCAAAGAAAAGAGAUUAGUGGCAUGUUUGAGAAGCGUGCUUGUGUCACAGUCAUGCAUCCUUUCAAUUGCAUUGAUCUUCUUCAGAGCUUAGUUGUGCAAUUAAGAGACAAGAAGGAAGAAACAGAUCUAGCCACAUGUUUGAAACAAAAGAGAUAUUUUCUUAUCAUUGAUGAUCUAUCAUCCACAACGGAGUGGGAUGCUAUAAAAGUGCACCUACCAGAAAUAGCAGGAAGCUGUAUCAUAAUCACUACACGGGAAAAGAAUAUUGCUGAGCAUUGUUCCAAGGUGGAAACAGACUAUAUAAUCCAGCUCAACAAUCUAAGUCCUGAUGAUGCAUGUAUCCUCUUCACUAAAAAGGUAUUUGAGAAGACCAUAAAUUUGGAUGAGCAGUACCCAGAUCUGGUUGAACAAGCAAAACUGAUCUUGAGGAAGUGCGGAGGGCUCCCCCUUGCACUAAUCACCAUAGGUGGGUUCUUGGCAAAGCAACCAAAAACUGCUUUUGAAUGGAGAAAACUGAAUGAGCAUAUCAGUGCUGAGCUGGAGAUGAAUCCUAACCUUGAGACUAUAAAAGCAGUCCUUAUGAAAAGCUAUGAUGGUUUACCAUAUUACCUCAAGGCUUGUUUCUUGUAUCUGGCCAUCUUUCCUGAAGGCCAGCAAAUUGCACGGAGACGCUUAGUACAUCGAUGGCUUGCAGAGGGUUACUCAAGAGAGGUGCGUGGCAAAUCUGUAGAGGAAGUAUUGGACUCUUACUUCACGGAACUCAUAAGCAGGAGCAUGAUUCUGCCAUCUCAACAGUCAAUUUAUAGUAGGAAAGGAAUUGAUUCCUGCCAUGUCCAUGAUCUCAUUCGUGAAAUUGCCAUCUCAAAGUCUAUGGAGGAAAAUCUUGUUUUCACAUUGGAGGAAGGCUGCAGCUUAAGUAACCAAGGUACAGUACGUCAUCUUGUUGUAAGCAGCAACUGGAAAGGUGAUCAGUGUGAGUUUGAGAAUGUCGUAGACUUAUUCCAUGUACGAUCAUUGACAGUGUUUGGAAAUUGGAGGCCGUUUUACAUUUCUGAUAAGAUGAGAUUGCUACGAGUGCUGGAUUUGGAAGGCAAGUGGGAUUUAGUUGAUCAUCACCUUAAGCACAUUGGGAAGCUUAUACAUCUUAGAUAUCUUUCUAUAAGGGGACAUGCUGAGAUAUUUCACCUGCCAAAUUCGUUGGGGAACCUAAAACAACUCCAGACACUAGAUAUCUCAGGUACAGGCAUAAUAAAGCUACCAAGGACCAUCAUCAAGCUUGUGAAUAUGCAACACAUUCUUGCUAGUGACAUAGGAAAGGCAACUCGUGGUACAUUUGAAGAUGCUGAUGAGCAGUCGCUAAUGAGUUUGCCUGUACAGUCAUUGUAUUGUUGUUUGCCAUGUUGUGCACCCAAUAUUUUGGAAGAUGAACUUGAACUUGACGAUGGUGCACUUAAAAGGCAUGAUGUAUGCACUACGUACUGCUGCAGCAUAUUACCUUAUUGUGCAGCAGGACGAAAUCAAGGUGGUGUUGAAGCGCCAAGAUGGAUUUGGAAACUAAAGGCGUUGCACACACUUCGUACCGUGGACAUAUCAGUGGGGAAGACUGUUCUCCAAGAUAUAAAGAGGUUGACCCGGUUACGCAAGUUAGGAUUGGCAGGCAUCAACAAGAGAAACAGUCAAGAGUUGUGUUCAGCAAUUGCUUGUCUCAACAGCCUGGUGUCAUUGUCACUGCAAUCACAUGGAGAGACAGGUUUAUCAGGCUGCUUAGAUGGGUUGUCGUCACCUCCAGAAAACCUGCAAAGCCUCAAAUUGAGAGGCAACCUGGUUAAACUGCCGGAGUGGAUCCAGGGCCUCAAAAAUCUAGUGAAGCUGAAGCUGGAGUGGUCGAGGAUAUUAGAACAUGAUGCAGCCAUACAAGUCCUUGGGAACCUACCAAACCUGGCCACCCUACGGCUACUGUAUGACUCGUUUGUUGGUGAAGAGGUCCGUUUGAGUUUCCCUUCGGAGUCAUUCCCGAGCCUGAAGGUGCUUCAGCUGAAAUUUAAACAAAAACUUAAGCUGGUGGAAUUUGAAGAAGGAGCAGUCCCUAAGCUCGAGUUCCUGCAGUAUAUUCAUGGGAUAUCAGGGAUGGAUUGUUCUCUGGAUUAUGACAUCUCUGAAGCCUGAAAGAAUUUAUGCUGCAUACGUAUCACUGGCAGGAGACUGAGUUCGUGGAGCACUUUCGAGGCCAGCUCGCAGAGAAUAUAAACGGACCCGUUUUGAAGAGUUGGGAGUACGGACGUAUUAUUAGGUCCCUCCCUCGUAGUAGUAUGUCCUUUGAUUGAGUUGAUGUAAGCUGCUACUCCCUUUUGUGUGUGUCUGUGCACGGUGGUACAAUAGCAAAUGGCACCCGUCCUUCUGUUCAUCCGUCAUGACUGUUUGAUGUCUAUGUCUGUGUGAGCACAGUUGAGGCAAUUGUAAAUUUUCAUGUGAUAUUCUAGGAAGCAGAACAGGUGCUGACAA